GGCUGUGACUGUUUGAGUCCCCUGCGCAUUUCGCAGCCCACACAGAUUCUCGCUAACGAUAAGUAUCGCUUCCUUGAGAAUCGACCCACGCCACUUCAUCUUGCUGCUUCAGUCGGGCUCCCUGGCCUACUGUCCAUACUUCUCACAAUUCCAAAAAUUGAUGUGAACGCUAAGUGUGACAAUGCUGGACGAAAUGUUCUCCACUCGUCCGUUGCGGCUGUAAAUCGACAGGCCAUCUUCUUCCUGAUACAAAUUGGUGUGGACAUGAACGUCCCCGUAAACGAUUUGGAGGCCCUGUCGCCAUUGCAUAUUGGCAUAACAGCUGGCAUACCUGAGGAUAUCCUGCGUAGCAUGGUGAGCUACUAA